UGGAUUUAUGUGUAGAGAUUGUAUCAGUCUUGUAUACAAAGCCAGAAAGAUUACUAGCCUGGAGUUUUUUGGCUUUUUUUUAGUCUGAAAAGAGACUAUUAGCCUUAGAGCCCUUUGCAAAACGAAAAGCGCGAACUGCAAAUCUCAAAUCAGGCAUUUGAUAGGCGAGAUCACUAAUAAACAGUUUAGGAGAUUCCCUUGGGGGGAAAAAAGAGGGAGAGAGAGAGAGAAGAUGUGGAUUGCUUUCGCACGGAAAUAGGAAAAACUGUUGCAAUUUCUUUUUGCAGCAGGCGACGCUUCUUUCCGGCUGUGCUUUGCGAUGGUGGAGGACGUCAGUGCCGGGCUUGUGUGCAGUAUGUUAGACCCUGAGGGCAGUGUAGAGCACAAAGCGGAUCCCUCCUUCCCCAAAGUUUUUCUUAUCCCCUUAGCCAUGCUGAUCGUCAUAGGAGCGUUGCUCUUCUUAGCAUUUUCCGCCACCGAACAGAAAGAGGACAGUUUUUACUCCUACAAAGUGGUGAACAUCAGGGGCAAGCUAGUUUCCCUGGACAAAUACAGAGGCUCGGUAAGUUUGCAAGGAGAGCUGCCUCUGCUGCCCCAGCUAACCAGCGAGUCUCAUCGGCAUGCCUGCAUGACGGACGGUGUGGGGGGAGAGAAUGCAUCUUUUAACUGGCUUGACCGGUUUGGGAACGGUCUCGUUUGGGGCGCGUUGCCUGCGAAUUGGCGCCCACGGCUCUGCUAUAAUCUCUAUUAAAGCACCAGAAGUUUGCUGCAGUCAGGUCCCUUUUCUGCUUGUUCUUGCAUGAGAUGUUCCUUCCCCCCAGAGUAUUCCGCGUAUACGUGGCAGGCAGGCAAGACGCCUUUCAUUCACUCGGAAUCGCAACGCCUACGUUCUUUUCUGGCGAUGCCACUUGUUGAAGCACCAUCAUCGGGAUCCAUGCGGGUUUCCCUCCUUUCUUUUAAAAAUAGUUACAGAUUGUCAUUGCAAUAUGUUCGCUGCCUUCUUAAGAAAACUUCAUUUUGUUUAACAGGGUGGGGGAAAAAACGGUGGGAGGGAGAGGCCCAGUGCUGCAGAGGAAUUCAACAGGAAACAUCUAAUUUGACAUUUUAUAACCCUGUCAAACUACCGCUGCUCUUUUAAAUUUUAACAUUGGUGUUAUGUGAUGCGGAGGGUUACCUGAAGAAGAGGCAUUUAAUUUAUCUGUUACAGAUAUUAAAGAUGCUAUAUAUGUUCUUUUUCUAAAGGUCUGAACUAGGUUCUACUCAGAAUAAACCCGGUGAAAUUAAUGACGCUAAGUUAGUCAUGCCCAUUAAUUUAGGGGGGUCUACUCUGAGUAUGAUACACGUUAGAUUCAACCCUUAAAUUCAUAUUCUUGAAAUGUGCUGCUUAACUUAUAAGCAGUAAUGUAUAUUUGCAUAUGUUUAAAAAAAACUGCAAUGGAAGCUGAAAAACCUAUCUUUUUCUGCAGUACUUAACUUUAAAAAACAAACCCUGUUCUAACACUCUCCAAGACUGCAGGCUGUAGUUCAGCCUUUGCCAACCUGGUGCCCUCCAGAUGGUUUGAACAACUCCCAUUAUCAACCACAGUCAGGCUCUGUUGGCUAGGGAUGAUGGGAAUUGUGGUCCAAAACGUCUGAAGAGCACUGGACUAGGUUAGCUAAGUCAUUUCCUAUGGACUCCCCUCUUUCCCACCUCUGUCUAUGCUGAAACAGUUUAGGUGGUCAGAACAUAUGGUCAUCAACGUUCUGACAACUUGAACUAUUGUAUUUAGGUAUAUUUUUUCCCUUUUCUGGGUAUGAACAACUGGUACUACAUACAAAUUAAUUGCUUUAGUUUCAUCCUCACAUAGCUAUUGCUCCCUAUUUUCUUCACCCACACACCCUUGGACACUUCUAAAAGAGCAAAGUGUGAGGUGCUUACAGUGGACACUAGAUGGCAAACUUGAUUCACAGUAAUUUUGAUAUUGUAAGUAUAUCAGCAGAUAAUUGCUUUUGCUCUUACCUGCUGUCAGAAGCUAGAAAAGGUCCAUUACAUCCUGAAUUAAGGGUGCUUCCAGACGGAUUUAAUCUUGCAUAUUGGUUGCUGAGGUAUCACAUAUUGAUUGUUGGUGACAGGUUUUUUUUUAAUUACCUGAUUUUCCUCUAAAUGGGUAAUUUUCAAUUAAAUGGACAAACUAAUGCUGGAAAUUAUGGAUACUGCAAAGAAUGAUCCCACUGGAAACUCCCUCUAACUCCUAGGGCUCUGAGAAUCUGAGCUCUAAGGGACAGAAUCAAUCCAUCUCACAGAGAAAAAUUUGGGAUUUCCCUUUCUGCCCUGGAUGUAUAUACAUUGUUCAGCAUAACAAAUAAAGACGCUGCUAAUUUGAACUGGAAAUGUAUCAUCUAGGGACAGAGUGCUUUGCAUAGGACAUUGCGCUUCUGUAAAACUCACUCCCACGCUUGCAUUCAGACACUGCCCACAAUGUGUUCGGAAACUAUAUAUCCCUUAUCCCCCCCCCACACACAACCCAUGGAAGCAAAUACACAAGAGAGCUUGUUAUAGAAAAAACUAUUGAAAAUACCUGGCGGGGUUUUUUAAAUGCAGUGUUGACAAAGUCAGUCCUUUUUCUGGCUCAAGAGAUGUUUAUGCAUUCACACUGCCCUUACAAGCAUAUCCAGACAAAACAUUCUCAUGCUCCUAGUCCAGCAUUGCAGUCGGCCGUACCCAGAUCCUAGAAAGCUAUGAUAUAUUGUGGCUAUCUGGACACAAACACACUGACAAGCCUAGAGCCAGUGUGGUGUAGUGGUUUGAGUGUUGGACUAGGCCCUUGGGAGACCAGGGUUCAAAUCCCCACUCACCCAUGAAGCUCACAGGGCCAAUCACAGUCUCUCAGCCUACCUCACAGAGUUGUUAUGAGGAUAAAACGUGGAAGAAGAAAACCAUGUAGUACUUUGAGCUCCUUGGACAGGCAUAGGCCAACUCCGACCCUCCAAAUGUGUGGGACUACAAUUCCCAUCAUUCCUGACCACUGGUCCUGUCAGCUGGGGUGAUGGGAAUUGUAGUCCCAAACAUCUGGAGGGCUGGAGUUUGCCUAUGCUUGUCGUUGGAGGAAAGUUGGGAUAUAAAUGCAACAACUAUAGAAGGCUUCAUAUUGGCAGGCCAUUCCUAACUAACUCUGUGAUGGAUGUGGAACCUGUAGCCCUUUGUAUGUCCCCUCCCAUCAUCUCCAGCCAUUGACUCUAUUGAUUAGGCUUAUGGGAAUUGGAGUCCAACAUGUGCAGGGCCACAGGUUCCCUCCUCCUGCCCUUUGUGAAGAGAUGCUCCUAGUCUGGGGAUAGCAAAGCUAAGCUGAAAAGACAGAAGCUCUGGAAUUUUUUGUGAGUUUUAAAAGAGAACAAAGAGGCCUGAUAUCAGGCAGAUAAAUAAAUUGCAUCACACUGAGAGUAAAAAGCAGUUAUUGCAAAGAAGCCAUGGGUCACAACAAGGGCGGCACCAGGGGGGGAAAAACCAGGGGGGCAAUGAAGGAGCAAAGUAUCUAGGUGGAUCUCUCCAAGAACCUGAUAUCUGCAUACAUGGGACUCUCAGGAAGUUUUCAAUUCAGCUAUUGUUCAGAUCUAGAUUUGCUUAGCUUCAGAGAUAAAACUACAUCUCAUUGUAAAUAGUACAUUUAUCAAUGUCACAUUGGUUGCCUGAAUGAGAAGAAAAGUGUGUGUGAGAGAGAGAGACACACAGAGAAUGUUACUUGCACACAUGUGUGCUCACACACAUACGCAUACACAUACACAUACACAUACACGAGUCCUGCAACAAGAUUUUGCACUGCUGAGUACUCCAGUCAGUCCAGUUGAUGAAUCUUCAUCCAGUUUUCUAUUCUCCCAUUCCAAUAGUCAGCUAUCAUUCCAUGUCCACUGAGGAUACUUUUUGGUCUAUUUUAGUUUUUUCUCUCCCCCCCUUAAAUAUAUUUUAUACUUCGGAAAAAUGUGGCAAUUCCUAAGUCUGCUAAUGCCUUCCUCUUCAGAACAUUGAAAAUAGAGGGAAAUCUGUGUCAUGAUGACCUGCACUUCAAAAUGUACAACUACAUUACUGCUAAUGAACUCAUACAUUUGUGCCAAGGCCGCCUUACGUGGGCUUGCUUGGGACUUCAUGGCCUCCAUAACAACCAUGAAACUGUCUCUAUUUGUCAUUGACCUGAUGCAUAGAGCAGGGCAUGUCUUCAAUAUAACUCUUGCUCCAAGAGAUGAAAGAGAUAUGUCUGGGAAAGGAGGGCUGGAGAAAUUCCGUUGUCCUUCUCAGACCAUUUCCUGGUGAGGUUUGGUCCCAGGGCAGGAGUAUUCUCCUACAGGGGUAGGGACCCAUUAGAAUGGUCUGCCCCCAGAGAUGUAUGGAAUCCAGGAAUUUCUGAAUGCUCUAUGGGGAAUUUUCUGCAGACAGGGCUGGGGUUCUAGUUGUUGCUGUAGUCUAACAAUAUGUAUCAGGAAGUCAACAAAAUCAUUACAGUGGUACCUCGGGUUACAUACGCUUCAGGUUACAGACUCCGCUAAUCCAGAAAUAGUGCUUCAGGUUAAGAACUUUGCUUCAGGAUGAGACCAGAAAUUGGGCUCCGGUGGCGCGGUGGCAGCAGGAGGCCCCAUUAGCUAAAGUGGUGCUUCAGGUUAAGAACAGUUUCAGGUUAAGUACGGACCUCCGGAACGAAUUAGGUACUUAACCUGAGGUACCACUGUACUGAGUGACCUCUCUGGGGUUGUAGUAGAUUGCUCAGUGAAGAUGUUGACCCAGUGUGCGGUAGCUGUGAAAAAGGCAAACUCUCUGCUGGGGAUCGUUAGGAAAGAAAUUAAAAAUAAACUGCUGGUGUAUGAAUGCUGUUCUAUAAAUCUAUGGUGCAACAGCAUUUGGAAUACUGUGUUCAGUUCUGGCCACCUCACCUUAAAAAGGAUAUCAUAGAGUUUGAAAAGGUUCAGAAAAGGACAAGCAAAAUGACCAAGGGAAUAGAGUGAGUCCCCUGUGAAGAAAGCCUGCAGCAUUUUUGACUUUUUAGUUUUAAAAAAGGAAAGCAAGAAGUGGCAUGGCAGAUAUUUAUAAAAUGAUGCACAACGUGGAAAACGUGGAUCAACAAAGAUUUAUCUUCCUCUCUCAUAACACUAUAACUUGUGGACAUUGAAUGAAGCUGAAUGUUGUAGGUCAAAAAAAAAAAAAGCUCUUCUUUAUGCAGCACGUAAUCAGACUAUGAAAUUCGUUCCUACAAGAGGUAGCCAUAGCCACCAACUCAAAUGGAUUAAAGAAAUUCAUGGAGGCCAAGGCCAGGUUAUGUGAAGGACCUACCUGUUCACUGAGAUCUGCAGAGGCUCUCCUGCUGAAAUCAAUAUUGCAGCAAUCUGGGAGAGGGCCUUAUCUGUUGUGGCACCCAGUUUAUGGAAUCACCUCCCCUCUGAAGCAAAGCAAGCAUCAACAGGGAUGAGUUUUCAAUGCCUGCUGAAGGUUCAUUUGUUUAUCUGGGCAUUAUCUGGUCAUUGAUGCCAAGUCUGUAGCUAGGUCUGGCUUACUGUGGGCAUUGUUGCAAAUAUUGGUUGCUGUAUUUUAAUGUUUGAAUUUUAGUGAGGAUGUAUUUAUAGUGCUAUGAAUUGCCCUGGGUUUUUUAAAAUGCAGGGAUCUAUAUCUAUCAUUGGUCUAGCUAGCUAUCUAAUAAGUGAAAUAAAUAAUAUGUCUCCUCAUUGUUAUUUUCCCUUUAGGUGGCCUUAGUUGUCAAUGUUGCAAGUGAGUGUGGCUAUACAGACAGCCACUACAAAGCCCUUCAACAGCUGCAGAGAGAACUUGGCUCAUAUCAUUUUAACGUGCUGGCAUUCCCUUGUAAUCAAUUUGGACUUCAAGAACCAGGCACCAACAAAGAAAUUGAGAGUUUUGCCAGGAAAACAUAUGGAGUCACCUUUCCCAUGUUCAGCAAGAUAGCAGUCAAGGGCACCGGGGCAAAUCCAGCCUUCAAAUAUUUAAUUGGUGAGUACAGCAGGCAUUCUAAAGCGGCUGACAUUGAAUCUGCUUUGCCCCCAAAGUCGUAGAUGAUUUAUGAUAGCAAGCGGUGCCAUUUCAGAUGGGGGGGGGGAGCGGCAGGGAGGUUGGCAAUAUUCAGCAAGGUGUAAGGGCCAGUUCUUCAAUGCAGUCAAGGUUAAAUGGUGAAAAGGCAAUCUCUUUCUAGAGCAUCUGUUGUGAUUAUGUUCUAUCUUCUUUUUUCUAUCUCCCAGGAACUCAAUAGGAAUGACAGGAAUUCAGUUGAGGUUUAAUUGCCUUGUCCUUCAAAUCAAAGUAGUACAAAAACAUUCAAAUCACAGAUGUGUGUUCCUGGAAAAGUGUAGAUGGCCGCCUCUACAGGUUCCACUUAAACUUUUUCAGAUAUCAUUUGUGCAGUCUUUUGAAUGUAAGCAACAGUUGGAGCUUAUGCCUCCUGGACUGUGUCCGGAUGAACAACUGUUUAUCGAACAUUUAUCCUGAUUUAUUUGCAGGGAGGUUAGACAACAUUGCAUCCCACACUUUCCCCAUCACUUUCCUUAUUGCAAAAAAGUCCAGUCAUUUGGGGAAGUGGAUUUAUUGCACAGGACUUCCCAAUCAACUAUAACUGAGCAACCUGAAUUGGUUGGUAUGUGACUGAAUCUCACCCAAGAAUAGCGACAGUCUGAAAGCGCCCCUACAAAAAUGAGAGUUAUAAGAUGAGGAAACUCAUCCUGCCUCUAGCCUUCUACCAGAAGCAGAAUGACUGAAAGGAGCCCUUGUAAGAAUUGCUAAGCGAUCUCUUCAGCUCAACAGAAAGCAGGAUGAGAGAAACCCAGAGAUUCCCUAGAAGAAGGCUGUUAGCUUGUACCCAGAGAAAGGGUUGAAUGCUCCAGCACCUGAUUACUCGCAGAAGCAGGCAAUGAAAAUAAAGUUUUGGGCAUUAAGGAUAAAAAUACUAAACCUCAGCAUCGUGUCCCACAAGGUUUUCUCUGGGGGGAAGCAGCAAUACAAGAGGAACAGUGGAUAAGCCCUUAUAGCAGAUCAACACCAUACAUUUAAUACAUAUCCAUGAUUUCCCUCAAAUAAUCCUGGGAACUAUUGUUUGUUAAAGAUGUUGGAUCAUGUGCUUUGGAAGCCAUGUGAUUUAAAUCACACGCUCACAGGGGCAAGACAGUUUGAUCAUAUUACACUGAUCUUGGCUCAACUGCACUGGCUGCCAAUUAGUUUCCAGGGCUAAUUCAAAGUGCUGGUUUUGACCUAGAAAGCCUUAAAUGGCUCACAACCACAAUACCUUAAGGACUGCCUCUCACCAUAUAAACCUACCUGGACCCUGAAAUCAUAUUCUGGGGCCCUUCUUAAUGAGCCUCCUCCAGAGGGUAGCAACACAAGGGCCUUUUCUGCAGCAGCUCCCCAUUUGUGGAAUGCUCUCUCUAGGGAGGUUCAGCCGGCACCUUGAUUAUAUACCAUUCAUCUGCCAGGUGAAGACAUUCCUUUUUAACCAUGCCUUUGGCUGAUUGACACGAUGCCCUUUUAAAUGUGUUUGUGGAAGAGGGGAUUAUUGAUUUGUUUUUGUUCUUAUUUUUAUUAUGUAUUUUGUGUUUUUUACAUAUAUAGUCAUUUUAUGUUGUGAACUGCCCUGUGAUCUAUGGGUAUAGGGCAGUAUACAAAUUUAAUAAAUAAGAAGAAGAAAGUAGAUUGGAUGUUCUUUAAACGUGUGGUGUGCCCAUAGUUUUUCCUAAGAUUUUGCUUAGCCUACAUUUUUAUUUUGCUUAACUUCUGCAUUGAUUUUGACAAUCAAAUCCAUCAUUAGUAUCUUUUUUCUUUAUAACUGAAUAAUAAUCAAAUUAUAUGUCAUUUCCCCUUCCUAUGUAGAUUCCACUGGUGAGGAGCCAACCUGGAAUUUCUGGAAAUACCUUGUAGAUCCAAAUGGGAAGACGGUAAAGGCUUGGGACUCUACUGUCACUAUUGAGGAAAUAAAACCUCACAUCACUGAACUUGUGAGGAAUAUCAUCCUGAAGAAAAAAGAUGAACUGUGAUUACACCCAUACCCACACCCACACCCACACACCCCACUAAUUCUUGAACCUCUGAUUAUCAUUUGGACCAUUAUUUUCACUCUUCUCAUUCCUAAAAGAAAAUAUAAUUUUAAAAAAUUGUCAAUAUGAAUUCCAUCAACAUGAGUUAGCUCCAUCCUCCGAGUACAAUACAGUGGUACCUCAAGUUACAUACGCUUCAGGUUACAUACACUUCAGGUUACAGACUCCGCUAACCCAGAAAUAGUACCUCGGGUUAAGCACUUUGCUUCAGGAUGAGAACAGAAAUUGUGCUCUGGCGGCGCAGCGGCAGCGGGAGGCCCCGUUAGCUAAAGUGGUGCUUCAGCUUAAGAGCAGUUUCAGGUUAAGAACGGACCUCCAGAACAAAUUAAGUCCUUAACCCGAGGUACCACUGUACUGUAUUUUAUUUUUUGGUCUUGCAUUCAAUCCAUUAUUUAACCCAGAAGGAACUGGUUCUCUUCUCAGGGGAAACACACCAAAGGUCUGGGGUUUAUUUCCCAUUUCAAGUCACUUAUUGAUCGUGGUGAGGUGAAGAACCAAUUCGGAUCUCUCUGUAGGUAAAUAACCUCAGCACUCUAGGAUUUCCUAGAGAAAUAUUACUAAUAGUUACCCUAUCAUGAACUUGUUCAUCAAGGGCAUUUACGAAAUGCAACCCAGAAUAGGUAUAAUAGAUCUUAACCUGCGUGUGGUUUUAAGAUGCAGUUUUUAUGCUGGGAAACAAGAGCACAUUGACACGAUCUGUAUUUGCUUGCACUCACACCAGUCACAUUCAUUUAUCCCUGAGAAUCCAUACACUAGGAUGGAUCUAAGAAUCCUGUUCUAUUCAAUGAAAAUGAGAUUUUUCCUGCCAAUUAUUUAAAAAAACAAAAAACCUGUUUGAGAGGAUUGUCGGACCCGCUCAAACAGAAAGGAAGACAGUAUUGGGGGGGCUACAGUUGGAGGACAAGAAUCCUGUUAGCAGGAGCCCCUAUUGGACCAAAGUCCCUUUUCUGAAUGGAAGGAAAUAUUUGGACCCAUUAAUCCCAAACUGUUGCAUUCCUGUGUUCUGUCUGUUGUCAUCCAGCAUUUUGCAUGUGCUGAUUUAUUGUGAUUUAAAAAAUAAUAAUAAUAAUAAGCAACUUCCUUUCAAUUGCUGCAAAGUCCUCUUAGGUGUGAACUGAAAUGUAGCAUUGUGUUAGAGCAGAGGUGUGGUUGGCGAUGUUCUUGAUGGCAUGUCUUUUUGGUUUCCUACAUUUCUGGCCCUCUCAAGUUCCAGAGGCAUCUACCCUUAAAAAAAUCAUUACUGAAACUGACAAAAGAUUUCAUUCAUCUUUGCAGCUUGCCUUGAGAAGCCUGGUGAAACAGAAACUUUGCAGAUGUUGGGGAAAGCUUUCUCAGCUGUGCACAUCUACAUCUGAGAACAACUUAAGGCUUUCACCCCACUUACACAGGGAGUCUUAGAAAGGGUUGUGAGUUUCACCAAGUUUCUCCAGAUUCAGCAUGGGAUGGGUAGGUGCCACUGAAAGAGCUGCUUCCCCUUCACAUAGAACAGGUAACCAACCUGGUGGCAUCUGAAUGUUGAGGCCUACAGCUUGCCUCGUCCCUCACCAUUAGUCAUGCUAGCUGUGACGGAGGGGAAUUGAAGUUCACAACAUCUGGAGGCCUCCAAGUUGGCUUCCCAUGGGAUGGAAACUAGGUAAUGCUCAAAUAGUGAAUUAGAGCUCACAUAGGGCUUUAAAAAUAUUUUUGUUGUUUUCUGGAAGCAUCCAUAGAUUUCCUUCAGUUGUAAUCUGUGUUGUUGGAAUUAAGUGACUUGACUCAGAAAAGGAAGUACAUAUGUCAGCUUAUAACCACUGGUGAAAGGAAUGGAGAAUUUUUGUUGACUGAACCAGAAUAAAAGGAGAUCCCUACAUCAUUUUAACAGAUGUUUGCGAACUUCCAUACAUUACACACAGUUUGCUUGAAUGUGAUCCAUUAGAAUCUUAAAAGAAUCAAGCACCUUGAAGAGAGAGACCAAGUUUUUUCAUAAUAGCUUGGCCCAUAGUAACUUGUUGCCUAGUAACAGAGUUGAAAGUGACCAUUAUUCAUUGAUCCUGCUGAUUAAUACUUUGGACACUCCUCCCUUACUCCCUCCACAAAAUAUUAUAGAGGGUACCCAAAUUGGUGAAAGACAAAUUUGCAACCUGCCUACUCUCUUCUAUAACUGAAUUACUUGUCAGGAACCAUUUGUCAGUGGACCCUGCUAUUUUACAAUUUUACCCUUUUGAAUAAGCCCCCCUCUCAAAAUAAAAUACAUACAAUAGGUUCCCACCAAGCGGGAUGAUCCUCCUGCAACACCCUAGUCUGUCAACCUGUAGGGGGCAUUUCUGAGCUCUGUUUCCCAGGAGCCCAUCUCUAGGAAGGGAGCUUUAGACCUGUGUUCCCAAAACCCCAAACACCAAAUCUUACACAAUGAUCAGUAGAAAACGGCAAUGCAGCUCAGGUGCGCUGUCACGGCAUAUGUUACUUACAGCCCACAGUUAAAACCACUCAAAUGUAUCACCAGUGAUAUAUAGAAGAAGAAGAGUUUGGAUUUGAUAUACUGCUUUAUCACUACCCUAAGGAGUCUCAAAGCGGCUAACAACCUCCUUUCCCUUCCACCCCCACAACAAACACUCUGUGAGGUAAGUGAGGCUGAGAGACUUCAGAGAAGUGUGACUGGCCCAAGGUCACCCAGCAGCUACAUGUGGAGGAGCGGGGAAGCGAACCUGGUUCACCAGAUUACAAGUCUACCACUCUUAACCACUAUACCACACUGGCUCUCAUCUCAUAGCCUAAUCUGGAUGAUGAUACAUCCCUCACACAGACUCUGAAUGGCUGACCUGACUUGCUUACAGACAUCUCCCCCAACUUAAAACGAGCUGCUCACAGGCAACCAGUAGCACCCUAGCCUGUUUUGCCACCUGAGGCAAAACGGUAAGGAUGCUGCCCCCCUCCACUUCAGCCCUGCCUCACCAUCUCAUGGGGGGGGGGCGUGCAGCAGCAGCUUCCGGUGAGAUCUUAGGGAGCUCUCACAAGAGUUCUAUGAGAUCAUGCAACAUCUCACCGGAAGCCGCCACAGCUUCUCUGGCAGCAGCAGGGCUGGGUGUCCAUGGGAGUACUGGCUCAUGGGAUUCUGCCACCUGAGGCAGCUACUUCAGUUCACUUCAUGCCAGCAACUACAGGCUAUGUAACAGAGAGACAGACACAAGGACCCUGUGGCAGACCCAGCCGCUAACUCACCAUGCCAACUCUUACAGGACCUAAUGGCGCCAGGACCUAAUGACAUCAGGGGUUCAUUAACUUGCUCACCUUCAAAUACAAUAGAUCUUUAUUUAUAAAGUAUUCCUAAUGUCCAAUACCAAGAUGAAAGUCAACCAGGUCUGUGUGUUGAGCACGCUGCGUUAUGGAAGUGAGUUGUGGGCAACUUACAACCAUCAGGAACAACACCUCAGCGCCUUCAACACGUGCUGCAUCAGGAGGGUCUGAAGUAUCACAUGGCAGGACAGAAUUCCAAACAAAGAUGUGCUCUCCCAAGUCUAUAUUUCCAGUAUGUUUGCACUCCUAUCUCAACAAUGUCUACGCUGGCUUGGUCAUGUUCACAGAAUGGAAGAUGGCAGGAUCCCCAAGGAAGCUGGCAGACCAACUCUGUGUUACUAAGAUGACUGCAAACGUGAAAUGAAGGCUGGCAACAUCAACCCUGACAUGCUGGAAUCCCUUGCAGACGACCACAGAGCCUGGAGACAGGCAGAGGAGAAAUGACCACUGGGAGAAGCACAGAGAGAAAAAAUCCCCAAGGUGCAUCUGCAGCAGCAAACUGGAUGCCUUCAUCUGCCCCAACUGCAACAAAACAGGUCUCUCCAGCAUUGGCCUCUACAGCCACAGCAGGCGCUGCAGCCUUCCAACAGCUUAACCUCACCUGCAAAGGUGUACUCCUCCAGUUUUCCAAGACAGACAAAUGCCAACAACAACAACCACCCUCUCACAAAACAUCAAGGCAGUGUUCAACAAUGUAAAAAUCUUUAAUUGCAGUACGAAACAAUCACUAAAAUGGCGGGCUGCUCAAUGAAACUUUUAAGCUCCAUAGGACUAUCGGCAUAAAAGGUCUUCAAGAAAUGCAAAUUAAAAGUGAGGAUACCUGCUGAAUCUGUGCUGGAAGUGUGUUCCACGGCAUGGGUCCAGUGACACUAAAUACUCGACUUCAGCAAUGCUUAUUUAGAAGUACAUCACUGCAAACAAUGCACAAAGUAAGCAAGCUGAAACAGUUUCAUUUCCCCCCUACUGUUUUUCUUAUGUUUCUGCCUGGUACUCAUCAUGAAGUAGGCAAAAGGGCACGAGGGAGCUAUUGAGUUGGUGUAAAUUUAAAUAUAGAUAGCAAUAAUGGAAAUCACUUCCUGCUUUUAGCACUAAUCUUUCACCUACAUACUAUACUUUUAUCUCAGUCUAAAGGUGAAAGGCUUCUCAUUAUCCACAGCAACUCGUGCUUCUCCCUUUUCUCUCAUUUUAAAUUCCUGAUGCAUCUGACUUCUUGGUAUAUAUUAGGACAUAGCAAGCCCCACCCCCCCUUUAUCAGGAUGCUCUUGGAAGAGGUCACACAGCUGUCUCUCAAAAGAAGUCCAGAUCCACCAUUGCGCUAACCAGAGAUUUUCACUGCAUUGCCAAAGCUGUGCGAUCUCAUACAGAUUCUGUUUCACCUUUGACAAGUCCUAAAUCUUAAGGCACCCCGGCUCAGUUUGGGAUUGGUCUGAAUGAAUCUGGUGCACACCCUUAGAAUCCACUACUAUUGCCAGCAGAGGAGAAACAUGGUACUGUUAUUUGGGCACUAAUGGGUCUUUCAUGGCUUCUGUUUUGCUCAUUCAGUUGUUCAAAAUAGGCUCUAAUGGAGGGUUAGUUAAGGUUUCUCAGCAGCACAGCUUCUUACAAGACAGUUCCUUUUCUAGACAUUCUGGAGACUAAAAGUAGAGAGUCUUUUUUGUGAAAAGGCACUCAACAAUAACACAUGGCAAAAUGCACAAAAGCUUUGAAAAUUAAACAAUUUAAUUAAUGGUU